ACAGGGGAGAGUGAACACAGCCGACUGGAAAAACACAGACAAACGCCUCACGACACAACACCACCGAGACUAGAGUUGUUCCUGAGAGCUUGAUUAUAUCCUCCUUCCAAGAGAGUCUUCAGAUGGUCAAUACUGCACUGAAUCAAACUUCACAAGGGUUUGAUCCUCAGCUAUUACACAUGUAUACGCUCUCCAGACGGCCGGCAUCAGAAACACAGCACAUCUCCAAAUCAGCAGAGAUCUUUCACAUGACUUUAGGGAUUUUAAAGGAGAAGGCGAGCAGGAGACAUAAAAGAUCACUGGCUGUGUCAGAGCUCCUUUCCGUGAAAGCAGUGGAGCGGAUAGCAAACCUGUCUGGAUGCCCUCGCACUCUCCAUCCCACCACCUGCGCCAAAGACGGAAAAUACCGCAGCAUCUCUGGAGUCUGCAAUAACAGGAAGAACCCGCUUUGGGGAGCAGCCAACACCGGCUUGGCCAGAUGGCUUCCGGCGGAGUACGAGGAUGGAGAAAACCAACCCAAAGGCUGGAACGCCGGACGCCAAUACAGCGGCUUCCAACUUCCUCUGGUUCGAGAACUGAGUAAUAAAAUCAUGCGGGGCUCCAGCAUGGCCGUCCUGGAGGACAGCGCUUAUUCCCAGAUGCUGGUGGACUGGGGCCAGUAUAUUGACCACGACAUCUCCUUCACUCCUCAGAGCUCCAGCCAAAGCGACUGUCUGCACACCUGCAGCAACGCCGAGCCCUGCUUCCCAAUGCAGAUUCCCAAGGAUGAUAAACUGUCCAGCAAUAAAAGCUGUCUUCCGUUUUUCCGUUCUUCCCCCGCCUGCAUUCACAUUGAGACAGACGCACAUCCCGCUCUCCAGCGACAGCAGAUGAAUUCAGUCACGUCCUUCAUCGACGCGUCCACUGUCUACGGCCCUUCAGCAGAUCUGGAGAAAAGCCUGCGAAACCUAUCCAGCGCUGAAGGUCUGCUGGCUGUGAACGGUGAGUACAGCGAUGGCGGUCGGCCGUAUUUGCCCUUCGUGUCCGUGCGGCCGUCGGCGUGUCUCCAGGAGCCCGGCUCGGAGCCGGCGGCGCGGGUCGAGUGCUUCACGGCCGGUGACAGCCGGGUGAACGAGAUCCUGCCCCUGUCUGUCCUGCACACGCUCUGGGUGAGAGAACACAACCGGCUGGCCAAACGCCUGACACGACUCAACCCUCACUGGGGGUCAGAGGUCAUCUAUCAGGAGACGCGCAAGAUCAUCGGGGCGCUACAUCAGAUCAUAACCAUGAGGGACUACGUUCCCAAGAUCAUGGGACGGGAAGCGUUUGAUGAGUAUAUCGGGCCGUACGUGGGCUAUGACGACUCUGUGAACCCGUCGGUGUCAAACGUGUUCGCCACGGCUGCGUUUCGCUUCGGUCACGUGACCAUCUCACCACGGCUCAGGAGACUCAACGAGAGCUUCCAGGAACACCAGCGCUUCUCCUCCCUGAACCUCCAGCAGACCUUCUUCAGCCCCUGGAGACUCGUUAGAGAAGGCGGGCUGGAUCCGGUCCUGCGGGGUCUUCUGGGUCGACCGGCUGCCCUGCAGAACCAGGAGCAUCUCAUGACUGAAGAACUGACCCAAAGACUGGUGGUUCUCAACAUCCCAGACACUCUGGAUCUGGCUGCUCUGAACCUGCAGCGUGGACGAGAUCACGGCCUACCAGGUUACAAUGACUGGAGGGCUUUCUGUGGGUUUGACAGAGUUGAAACCCGAUCGGAUCUCAUCGAGGUGGUCGGCAGUGGUGAUUUGGUGGAGACAAUAAUGGAUGUGUACGGCCAUCCGGACAACAUAGACGUGUGGCUGGGAGGCCUGCUGGAGCGUCCGGCGUCCGGCUCCAGAACCGGCCCGCUGUUCGCAUGCUUGAUCGGGAAACAGAUGAAGACGCUAAGAGAAGGUGACAGAUUCUGGUGGGAACAUCCCGGUGUGUUUUCCCCAAAACAAAGACAGGAACUACAAACACACUCUCUGUCUCGUGUGAUCUGUGACAACAGCGGUGUGACGGAGGUUCCUCUCGAUGCCUUCAGACUGGCAUCUUACCCAGAGGACUUUCUCUCCUGCGGGAACGUCCCAUCAAUGGAUCUGGAGGCGUGGAGGGAGCGACCUGCUGGUACAUAUGUGACAUGAUGCUUGUGUUUGUGUAUUAGAGAUGGGUUUAACACAUUUUUUGU